AUGUCCGAAGACACGUAUGACGAAGGGGCAAGUGUUGCUGAUGAAGCGGCUUCUCUACUCAAACACAUAUCAGUGACUGAAAGCAAUUAUGAACAGGCAUGGGACAUUUUAAAACAGAGAUAUGAUGAACGAAUUGGUUUUGUGAAGAACAAGAAUUUAUGCUAUAAUUGCUUACUACCAGGACACCCAGUGUUUAAAUGUCGACUCAGAAUAUCAUGCAGAAUCUGUGGUAAGCGGCACCAUUCGUUACUACACAAAACAAUCAAUGGAUUAGAGACAAACUAUAAACAAGUUGAAGACACAAACAUCCAACCAGGCCCUAUAAAGGAUAAUGAUGCAGACGUUGCUAUACUGUCGCAUAUGGCGACAAAGAGGUCCACAGCAUUGCUGGCCACAGCAUUGAUAACUGUUAAGAAUAGUACAGGACAUUAUACAGUAUUGCGCGCCUUAAUAGAUCAAGGGUCACAGGCUAAUUUUAUUAGUGAAAGAGCAGCACAACUUUUGAAAGUCAAAGGAACACCCACUAAGGGGACAAUCACUGGAGUUGGAUCUACACAAACGGAAGUAAAUCUGGCAGUCCAGCUUGAAAUAUUAUCUAGAUACCAAUGCAAUUUCAAGCUCAACGUGGAAGCAUAUGUGAUGCCUUCACGUUUAACAACAUACUUACCGUCCACAACUAUUGCCGACUCCACACUCACCUGGUCGCAUUUGAAAGGUCUCAAGCUGGCAGAUCCCACCUUUAAUCAACCAGGGAGAGUUGAUAUGCUUCUAGGUGUAGAAGUAUAUGCAGCCAUUCUGAAAAAUGAAAUUAUUCGAGGUCCUCCUGGCUCUCCAUGCGCACAACAUACAAGUUUUGGAUGGAUUCUCUUUGGAAAGGUACACAAUGACAUUGAAGAAAGGAAAAUAACAGUAAUGCACCACCACAUGGAUUUUGAUGAACUGUUACACACAUUAUGGGAGUUAGACUAUGAUAAUCAAAGAAAACUUACACAAGAAGAGGAACUCUGUGAGAACAUUUAUUAUGAAAAUGUUAGGAGAGACAAUGAAGGAAGAUACAUUGUGAAAUUACCUUUUAAAUCAUAUGUCAUACUAAGUACAGAAGGUAAUACCAGGGAUAUAGCACUAAGAAGAUUAACACAACUAGAGAGAAGAUUACAGAGAGACAUGAAGUUAAGGACAGAAUACACUAAAGUGAUGCAAGAAUAUAUUGAAUUGAAUCAUAUGGAAGAAGUACCAGAAGAAGAAUUAGGGAAACCCUCUGUCUACCUUCCUCAUCAUGCAGUUGUAAAGGAUACAAGUGAGACUACCAAAGUAAGAACUGUGUUCAAUGCCUCCUCAAUGGGAUCUAAUAAUGUUUCCAUUAAUGAUGAGUUACUAGUUGGCCCACAAUUGCAAGAAGACAUGAGAUCAUUGGUUAUGAGAUGGAGACUAAAACGAGUUUGUUUCAUAGCAGAUAUUGAGAAAAUGUAUCGGCAGAUAUUGGUUACCAAACAGGAUGCAGAUUACCAACGAAUCUUGUGGAGAAUUGAUCCAAAUUUUAAAGUCAAAGAUUACAGAUUGCUUCGGGUAACAUUUGGAACUGCUUCAGCUCCGUUCCUUGCUGUAAGAACUCUACAACAAGUUGCAGAAGAUGAAGGCAAAGAUUUCCCUGAAGCAGCUAGAAUGAUUAAGGAAGACUUCUGGAUGGAUGACUUAUUAUCUGGUAACGAUACAGUAAGUGAAGCCAUGGAAUCAGCAAGAAAUGUUAGUGACAUUUUGAAUCGUGGCGGUUUCAAAUUACAAAAAUGGUCUUCUAACAGUAUUGAAUUUAUGAAAAAUAUUUCACCUACAGAAAGAAGUACAUUGAUAAAUGUGGAUAUGAACCUGGGAGGAACUGUUAGAACAUUAGGGUUAUCAUGGAAUAUAGGAGAUGAUGUGCUACAGUAUAAUCUUAAUUUGCCAGAAGUGCCACUUACCAUCACUAAGAGAAGUAUACUUGCUGAGAUACAACGCUUAUUUGAUCCACUUGGUUGGAUAGCACCUGCCUUGUUACCUGGAAAACUAAUAAUACAAAGACUAUGGUUGAAAAGACUUACCUGGGAUGAAGAAGUAGACUCUGAAACUAAAAGAGAUUGGUUAGAGAUGAGAAACAACUUAAAUUAUUUAAAGGAAAUUAAAAUACCACGCUGGUUACUUAUUACUAGUGAUGUCAUAGAAGAUGUGUCAAUACAUGGAUUUUGUGAUGCAUCAACAAUUGCAUAUGGAGCAGUUGCUUACCUGAGAGUCAAAACUUACAAUAAUGAAUAUAAAACUAUGCUGAUAGCAGCGAAGACUAGAGUCGCACCUGUUAAACCAGUCUCACUGCCCCGUUUGGAACUGUGCGGUGCGGUGUUAUUAUCAAAGCUCUUGAAACACAUCAGUCGUGCUACACGGAUACCAAGGAAACAAAUCUUUGCUUGGACAGAUUCUACCAUAGUACUAUCAUGGCUUACUGGAGACCCGACAAGAUGGCAAACAUUUGUGAGAAAUCGUGUAGUAACAGUGCUUGACAAUAUUGGAAAUGCAUGGUAUCAUGUACAGUCUCAAGACAACCCUGCAGACAUAGCAUCAAGAGGAAUGCUUCUUUCAGAUCUCAAAGAAUUUAGUUUAUGGUGGAACGGCCCUAAAUGGCUCACCCAUGAAGAAAUAUUGAUGUCUUGUGGAGAUAAUAUUUCUACUGACCUAGAGUUGAGAAGUACAAUUAUCAAUACAAACAUAAAAAUAGACAAUAAUCAUAAUGAAGGAAAUUAUAUACACAAUCAAUUUGAAAACUUUAACAACUUGAUGGAACUACAAAGAACUAUUGUGUACUGCAAAAAAUUCUUGAAUUUUAAACGAAGUAGCGAUAACAUUAGUACAAAGUGCUUCAGCCCACUGGAGUUAACAGAGGCUCUUGAAACAUGUGUGCGGUUAGCACAACAUAAUGAUUUUGAACAUGAAAUCCACGAUUUGUUACAAGGGACUGGAGUAAGUAAUAGAAGUGUACUGAAGAAUCUCAAUCCUUAUCUAGACAAGAAAGGUCUUCUCAGAGUAGGCGGUCGAUUACGAAAUGCGGAAAUGGAAAAUGACGCUAAAUAUCCUAUGAUCAUAAGUCAUAAGAACCCCAUUGCAACAUUGAUAGUUAGUGAUGCACACUUGAAGACACUUCAUGGAGGACUCCAACUCACAAUGAAUUUUGUUAGAUCAAGAUUCUGGAUCAUAAGAGUAAAAUCAUUAAUAUCAGCUACAAUACAUAAAUGUUUAAUAUGUGCAAAGCAGAAGGCUAAGGUCCGACACCAACUCAUGGGAGACUUACCUGCAGCACGAGUAACACCCACUCGUCCAUUCCUACACUCAGGAGUAGAUUUUGCAGGCCCACUACAGAUUCUGGUUUCCAGAGGAAGAGGCAUGAAAUGCACUAAGGGAUACAUAUGUAUAUUUAUAUGCAUGUCAACUAAAGCAAUCCACUUGGAACUGGUUGGAGAUUUAAGCACCGAGUCAUUUUUAGGAUGUUUUAGAAGAUUUGUUGCCAGAAGAGGUCGAUGCUCCCACAUUUGGAGUGAUCAAGGUACAAACUUUGUAGGAGCCAGUAAAGAAUUAGCUAAAAUGUGGCAAGAAGCAAAAUUAAGUAUACCUGAAGAUUUAAUAAACAUUUUAGCUGAAGAUGGAACCCAUUGGCACUUUAACCCACCUUAUAGCCCAAAUUUUGGAGGUUUAUGGGAAGCUGGGGUGAAAUCUAUAAAAUAUCACUUAAGAAGAAUUCUUGAUAGAACACUUACCUUUGAAGAGAUGUCCACCACACUGUGCCAGAUUGAAGCCUGCUUAAACUCGCGGCCACUAUGUCCAAUAGAUCAUAAUGAUAUUGACAAUUUAAAUGUACUUACUCCUGGACACUUUCUCAUUGGAGAAGCUCCAAUCAAUGUACCUGAACCAGAUCUUAGCCAGGUGAAUGUAAACAGACUGUCUAGAUGGCAACAUACUCAGAGGAUACUUCAAAACUUUUGGCAUAAAUGGAAGACGGAAUAUCUCACACGUUUACAACAAAGACCUAAAUGGUUAACUAUAAAGGAGGAGUUUAAAAUUGGAGAAGUGGUUCUGAUUAAGGAAGAUCACCUUCCUCCAGGCAAAUGGGCCUUAGGUCGCAUAGUUGAUAAAUAUCCUGGCUCUGAUAACAUCUGUAGAGUUUACAGCUUAAAAUGUUGUGGUAAAUUGAUUAAGAGAUCCAUUAGUAGACUGUGUAAAUUGCCAAUUAAUGAAUAA